UAAAAAUUUAUUGUUAUUCGAAUAUUAUUCGUGGACUUUUUCAAAUUUUUUUAUAGGCACAAAAUUUUAAUCUAAAGUAUCACAGAUUGUCACUUUGAAAUUAAGUUCUUCAGAGACAAAUAACGUUUAUAUAUCAAGAUUUAUGAAGUAAAAUUGGAUAAAAGAAAAGAGUUCGUUGAAACAUCAAAUAUAAUAUUAUUAACUAUGGAUCAAAAUAAUUUUAAAUCUCUUAAACUUGGAUUUAUUGGAGGUGGUAAUAUGGCAACUGCUAUUGGAGCAGGUCUUAUACGUAAAGGUAUCCUUGAUCCUAAAAAUGUUUGGGUGUCUGGACGCACUGAAAGAACACUUACUUUCUGGAAAGAACUUGGUGCUCAAGCGACAUUUAAAAAUGGAGAAGUUGUAGAACAAAGUGAUGUUAUAUUCUUAUCAGUUAAACCACAUAUGCUUGAUGAUGCACUUGAUGGAGUUGUAAAAACACUUAAAGAAAAAAUCAAUAAUAAAUUAUAUGUGUCUAUACUUGUGGGAAUUUCAUUAGAUACUUUGACAGAAAAACUUGCUGUUAUUGAUUCAAACCCUAGAGUGAUUAGAUCUAUUCCAAAUACACCUAUAAUGAUUGGAGAAGGUAUCACAGUUUACUGUACUAAAAACACACGUCAAGAGGAUAUAAUAUUAAUAGAUAGAUUAUUUUCAUUCAUUGGAAUUAGUCAGAAUGUUCCUGAAUCCCUCAUGAAUGCGAUUAGUGGUUUGUCAGGUUCUGGCCCUGCUUAUGCAUAUCUCAUUAUAGAAGCUUUAGCAGAUGGUGGUGUUAAAAUGGGAGUACCUAGACCAAUGGCAACAAAAUUUGCUGCUCAAGUACUUGUAGGAGCUGGUAAAAUGGUAUUAGAAACAGAACGACAUCCAGGUCAGUUAAAAGAUGAAGUUUGUUCAGCUGGUGGAACUACUAUCACUGGAGUUCAUGCUAUGGAACGUGGUCAAGUUAGAGGAUCCAUGAUGAAUGCUGUUGAAGCUGCUGUUAAUAAAGCUAAUGAAAUGAGUAGAAUAUUUAAAGCUUAAUUCAUUAGCAAAUCUUCUAAUUUAUUUUAAUAAUAGUUUAUCACAUAAAUAUAAUUAAAUAGUAGCUGUAAAAUUAAAAUAAUCAUAAAUAUAUAAUCUUUAUUUAAUCAUAUAAAUAAAAAAUAUAAUAUAAGUAAGGUAGAAAGUAAAUAA